CCCCCCUCCACAGGAGUUACAGAUAUGGUCACUUGUCCGUGGUCAGUCUUCUCGAGACUGACUCGACUCCGGCCGCCAUGUCGCUCAGCUGGUCCGCCAAAGACCACAAGAACUCCAACCCGCCCGCCGCCGCUGCGGGACUGAAGCGCGGCCGCAGCGACGGGGGCAACAAAGUGACGGUGGUUCUGGGUGCGCAGUGGGGCGACGAGGGGAAGGGGAAGGUGGUGGACCUGCUGGCCACCGACGCCGACGUUGUCUGCAGAUGUCAGGGAGGCAACAACGCAGGACACACAGUGGUGGUGGAUGGCAAGGAGUACGACUUCCACCUCCUCCCCAGCGGCAUCAUCAAUCCUAAAAGCACGUCGCUCAUCGGAAACGGCGUUGUCGUUCAUUUGCCCGGCCUGUUCGAGGAAGGAGAUAAGAAUGAGAAGAAAGGUCUGAAAGGAUGGGAGAAGAGGCUUAUCGUCUCUGACAGAGCUCACAUUGUGUUCGACUUCCACCAGGCUGUGGAUGGCCUGCAGGAGACUGAACGACAGGCCCAGGAAGGAAAGAACAUCGGGACGACCAAGAAGGGCAUUGGACCGGCUUACUCCAGCAAGGCCUCUCGCACUGGCCUCCGGGUCUGCGACCUGCUCGGCGACUUCAAAGACUUCUCCAGCAGGUUCAAGAACCUGGUUCACCAGUAUCAGUCCAUGUAUCCGUCCCUGACAGUCGACGUUGACGACCAGCUGAAGAAACUCAAGGAAUAUGGCGAGCGAUUGCGGCCGAUGGUCAGAGACGGCGUCUACUACAUGUACGAAGCUCUGAACGGACCUCCCAAGAAGAUUCUGGUUGAAGGGGCCAACGCUGCUCUUCUGGACAUUGACUUCGGCACAUAUCCUUUCGUGACAUCAUCAAACUGCACUGUGGGCGGAGCCUGCACUGGCCUGGGCAUCCCUCCUCUCAAUAUUGGGGAUGUGUUCGGCGUUGCGAAGGCCUACACCACCCGGGUGGGGAUCGGAGCGUUUCCCACUGAACAGCUCAACCCCAUUGGAGAGCUGCUGCAGACGAGAGGGCACGAGGUCGGCGUGACAACGGGGAGGAAGCGUCGAUGCGGCUGGUUGGAUCUUGUCAUCGUUCGAUACGCACACAUGAUAAAUGGUUUCACCGCAAUUGCUCUGACAAAACUUGACAUUCUGGACGUGUUGGAUGAGAUCAAAGUUGGGAUCGCUUAUAAGCUCAACGGAAAAACAAUUCCUCAUUUCCCUGCCAACAUGGACAUUUUGCACAAAGUAGAGGUUCAGUACGAGACGUUCCCCGGCUGGAAGACCGACACCUCCGCGGCCAGGAAGUGGAGCGAGCUCCCGGUCAAGGCGCAGAACUACAUCCGCUUCAUAGAGAACCACAUCGGAGUUCCUAUCAAGUGGGUCGGCGUUGGAAAGUCCAGAGAGUGCAUGAUCCAGAUGUUCUAGAUCGUGACGGCAACAGAAAGCACAGUAUAUUUUCAUCGCCUAAUAAAUGUAAAGCCCAGAAGUUAAUAAAUUCUAUUUCUGUGUAACCAC